AUGCAAUUUAAAUUUAUCACUUUUCUUGUUUUUCUCUUGAUAAUUAAAAACAUUUUAGCUGCUUGUGGUUGUUGUGGUUUAAUCGGUCAUAAUAAAAACACCUGUAAUAGAAAUCCCUGUCCUAGAUUACAACAACACCAAAAACUAAGACAUUGCGCAUUUUACGAUGAUGGUGAUGUGGUAUUAAAUCAAAUGGGAAAAACUUUAGUACCGUGGCAAUCACAUAAAAUCGUUAGAAAUAGACCUCCCGAAGGAAGAUCAUGUACAUACUGUGGUGCGUUAGAUCAUAAUAAAAGAAAAUGUCCUUGGGCAAAUGAUCGAGGAGCAGAUUUGCACAAUGUAGCCAGUAUCAGAGCUGCAGCAAAAAAAUAUUUUGAAGCACCAUACUAUCCCUUACGAAUGUGUGGUUGGUGUG